AAUGAGAAAACGAAUUUCGUGGGACUUCGUCAUACGUCAUAUCUGUGCUCCGGUGCGAUCUGUGGAGGGUUCUGCUCUUCACAUGUCUCUGCUUCAUCAUCUGUUGGGGAAAAUACCGUCUAAUGAAAUCGAGUGUCGGUUUUGGUUGGGGGGAUUAACCAUCCGAUACCGAUCGGCUCUGUCUGCGUGAAAUAGGGAAUGAACGACGAGACAGCACUGGACAGCUGGAAGACAAACUCCGGGUGCUCCAGAUUUACAGUUGAGAUGCUGAGAUUUCCAUUGCCACAAUUUGAGUAUUGAGCAAAUGCUGGCUGUGAAUCCCGGAAAGACGCCCAUCAGUCUGCUGCAGGAGUAUGGAACGCGGAUAGGCAAGACCCCAGUGUAUGACCUGCUGAAGGCCGAGGGACAGGCCCACCAGCCCAACUUUACGUUCCGUGUCUCCGUUGGAGAGAUCAGCUGCACCGGCCAAGGGCCCAGCAAGAAGGCAGCCAAGCAUAAAGCAGCCGAGGCUGCUCUGAAGAUGCUCAAGGGAAGUCUCGGAGGUCCUGUUGGAGUUAGUGUUGGAGAAGACGGGUUUAUUGGAGUUGAAGUGUCUACUGAUGGAGAGAGCUCUCAGACAGAAAUGAAGACUUCAAGCAGUUCUCAGCAGUCUGAAUGUAACCCUGUAGGAGCUCUGCAGGAAUUGGUGGUGCAGAAAGGAUGGCGUUUGCCAGAGUACACAGUCACCCAGGAGUCUGGUCCAGCACACCGCAAGGAGUUCACCAUGACCUGCAGAGUAGAGAGAUUUGUGGAAAUCGGAAGUGGAACCUCCAAGAAGCUCGCAAAGAGAAACGCAGCAGCUAAGAUGUUAUCACGUAUACAUGAUGUCCCGGUCGACCUGAGGACCAGCAACGAAGCUGAGGUCGAAGAGGACACGUUCAACAUGCACAUGGGGAGCAGAGCUGAGACAGGCAAAAGUAAAGGCUUCAGCUGCACGUGGGACUCUCUGCGCAACUCUGCUGGAGAGAAGAUCCUCCAGCUCCGCAGCCACCCUCUGGGCAUGCCCACUGACUCCAACUUCUGCUCUUUGCUUAACGACCUGUCUGUGGAACAGCGCUUUGACAUCAGCUACCUGGAUCUAGAAGAGCGCAGUCUGAGCGGCCUCUGCCAAUGUCUAGUGGAGCUUUCCACUCAGCCAAUCACAGUGUGCCAUGGCUUUGCUCCGAGCAUAGAUGCAGCUAGAGCCAAUGCAGCCCACAAUGCACUGCAGUACCUCAAGAUUAUGGCUGGGGGGAAGUGAUGUCAUCUUCCUCCUCACAGACUCGAACUCACCACCGCACGACGGCAGGAUAUUUUCCUCUUCGGAGGAUGGAGUGACUUUUCUGAUGAGUUGAAAUAACGUGAAUUACCUCAAUUAUGGAUUAAAUAAGAGACUUUUUUCUGUCCCCAAUUUAACACCCUGGACUUUCUUUUGGUCACAUGGAUUUAUCAUCGUUGCCAAUGAAGGUUUAUCUGCCCAAAAACGUAUACCUCGUUCUUUGACAUGUUGCAUAUUUAUCACAAAUUAUUUUAGAAUGCCUUGUUGGUAUUUUCCUUUUUUGUUUGCCCAGCAUCCAUACUCUCCACUCUUAUUUCCCUGAAAAGCUAAAGUCUAAAAAGACUUUAUCUAAAGUGAUACGUUGCAUGAUUACAUACAACUUCCUAUAUAACUGCAGACAAAUGCGGAUUUCACAAAAAAAGCAAAUGGAGUUUGUAGAAAUUGGGCAAUGGAAUCACCAAAUACUGGUUCUGCAUCAAAACACUGAUCAUUGAUUGGUGAAUGGAAGAAAAAAAUUCCUGCCGUGUGCUGAAACAUUGAGAGAAAAAGGACUCUGCUGAAGAAAUAUCAGGGGAUACUCAUUUUGAAGGCUGCUCUGUUUUCAGAUGAACUCAAUGAGAAGAUGUGGCCUUGGUUAUAUUCAAUCAAGCUCUAAAUACGUUUACAGUUGGAUGCUGUUAAUGUUGGGCCCUAAAAACUAGAAAAUUGAAAACGUACCAUAAAAUGAUGAACUGAAUCUUAGCAAAUAAAUCUUUCUAAUCAUGUUCUUUUUUUCUAAGAAUUUUUGGGCCUUUAAUACAGUGACAGUGCAGUUUAGAAUCGGGGAGACCGAGGGGAAGACACGCGGCAAAGGGCCUCAAGCCGGAUUCGUACCUGGUUCCACCGCAUGGGGAUCACAGUAUAUGGCCGCCUGCUCUACCCACUGAGCUAUACAACGCCCUAAACAUGUUGUUCUUCCUAAAAUGGUAAUGAUGAGAGAGGUAGUAGACUCAGAUGACUGAAACAUUGACAGAGGAAUUGUCCUUGUAAUGUUUUGCCACUUUGAGGACUCCAUAAAAAAUAUAAGGCUCAUAUCGAUUAGAUUCAGACUUCAACUUUAAAAAAUCUCUCUGCAACAUUUCAAUAACAUUACAAAUCUACUGAUUGGUCCCAUUUACUCCUGGAUGUGCAAACAGCUUUGUAAAGUCUAAUUACCUCAGCUUGUCAUCUUUCCUAAGACAAUGAUGAAUUAAUAAAUAGGUUGAAGGAGAGGAAAGUACAAAGACCUCUGACAAAGCUUGUCAUUUUAAAUAUCAAAGACCAGUCAAACAAGCUACCAUAUUUUGCUCUGUUAAGUUUUAAUGUGUCUUUGCUCAUAAUGCCUGGCACUCUUUCAUUUAUAAUUUAAACCCACUGUGAUUUUGUUUUUCAAUGGGAUUAUGAAUCCUGUGAUGAUAUUGGAUAGUUGAUCAUGGGGGAAUUUUGGAUAUUUUUUCUCCAACUACAUGCUGUGUAUUGUAAAAGGAUUCAUCACCAUCCACCUUACUGUAUUUGUAUUGAUAUACUGCCUGCUGGAAUAAGUUUGGAAUUGAGUAUAGUGAACAGUUUGCACUACUUGACAACAAAAUGCCCUUUGCACAGUUUGACCAACUUUCUGUACUGCUCCUUCCACCGGUGCGAUUGAUGUGAACCUCAUUCUCAGAAAGAGCAGAUCUGCAACUUGUUUUCUGAUAACUCAAAUAAGGAACUUGUGCUUGUGAGUUUUAGUUGCUAACACCAUUGAAGAUGGAACUUCUUUGUUGUAGUAGAAAAAGUUGCCCCGUUUUAGCUAAACAAUGAAAUAUAGUGUGAGCUCAAUGUGAAAUUGACUUAUUUCCAAUAAAACAUUUUGUACAUUUUACUGCCAACUGUAACAACAUGCUGCCAUUCCUAAUUGAAUUACCACUUAAAUGAAAUAUGGGCCACACAGCAUUUCAUCACACCCUUUGAACUACAACAGUUUUAUUGUUAAUUAUUUACUGUUUUCUGUAUCAGCACUGAGGAGGAACUUAAUAAUUUGCAUGUCCAGAAAUAUUAUUGUGAAAAAUGCUCUCACAUGUAAGUAUUUUUACAGUACCAUCACAUCUUAAGCCUUUGUUUGGAAACAACAUUUGGUGAAGGAAAGAGUCAACAGGUGAGUUGUUUCAAUGUUCUGUUCUUUCCGUCAUCUGUUAUGUAUGUUUGAUGACGGGCUAACUUCUUCAUCUGCAUAACCGCUGCUGUCUGACUGCAUGCUGUCGCCCCGGACCACCUCACCUACACGAAGAAUGACACAAACACAGUUGGGCAACAACUCCAUGCACUGUACCUCUGCUCAAAAACAGCUGCAGCCUGACCUCAAUAGACACACAGAGGCACAAACAGUAUGUUCCCGCUGACUAAACACCUGCACAUGGAAGUGUAUACACAAAUUGCUCCCACUUCUUAUUUUACAUCCUAUAUUAUGAGUUUUUAUGGACUUUCCAGGCCCAAUUCCCUCAAAUUUAAGGACCCAAAACAAUACAUUUAAUGACACAAAGCUAAAGGCGUCACAACCUUCAUUAAUUUGCUGCAGGCAUCAGCUUUUACUCCAAAAAAUUCACUCAAUUUUAAGAAUGACUUUUUUCUAUAUCAUUUGUGAAAGCUAUUCAUUUCAUCACACCAUGUCAGACGUUGUUAAAAGAUCUGCAGUGACAAUAUUUAAGCAGUAUUUUUGUACACAUACAAAUAUGUUUCUACCAAAAUUCUGGUGUUAACCAAUUCUGGUGAAAUCCCCUUUAUGUACUGUUUAGAGAUGUUUGAACUGUGUAUUAAUUUUAUUAUUUCAUGACUACCCUGUUUACAUUUGUUGCCCAUGUUUUUACCUGUUUCUGAAUUUUUGUGAACAAAAUUGAGAGCAACAAAAAUGAUUGGCACACAUCAAUGGCAAUAAAUCUAAUUCUGAUUUGAAA